AAGACGUGUAGAUAUGGCACUUAGGGACAUGGUUUAGCUGGAUAGUUGGCAGUGUCAGAUUACCAGUUGGACUUAAUGUUGUUAGUGGUCUUUUACAACUGAAACACUUCUAUGAUUCUGUGGUUCUAUGUUGUCCUAGAGUGGUGCAGUGACACCAGAAGAUACUUUACCUACUUGCAUAAAAACCAGUUAUAAAUCUCUUAGCUAUUACACUCUUCCCUUUCCUUCUCCAGCUAGUGAAGCUAGUUCCCUGAAGAUGAACUGCUGUUCUUUUUCAAGCUAUUUAAAUCUUAGUUGGAUGGCCCCAAAAGAUAAUGAAUGUGAAAUGUCACGUUUUGCCACUUGUACAUUCCUACGGAAGGAAUUUUCUUUCAGGUCUUUUUAAACAUUUAUAUUUAAAAAGCAGUUUAAGGUUUGCUGAGACCUGUCUGACAUGAGGGUUAUACAAAAGCUUUUCUGUGGCCAAGGAUCAGAAGAGCAUUGCACAUAUAUUGGAGAGCCUGUCCAAGAGGAAGUUUUGAGAACAGUUCACAAGGAAAAGAUUAUAGUAGGUCCCUAGGAGUGUCUACCCAUUAUCAAUGUAGCAAGGAUCGGACUGGGCUGAGGCGAUCCACUUCAAUGUCUGUGAUCUGUUCUAUGGGUAGAAGAGACAUCCAGUGAUUUCUGAGGAGGAAUACCAUAGCAAGCAUUAUAAAUUCUAAUUUCAACCUCUCAAUGUACUUCUUCAGACUUGCCAUCUAUAGUGUCAACAGCUUGUGGCAAAUGCUUGUUAAUGCCUCAGAACCAAAACAGUAUAUGAAAGAAUGUAGAAAGGGGAAGGAAUGAGAGAAAGAAUAUGUACAUGAAAUGACAAAUUCAGGAUUUUUAACGCAUUUCUGGAAUGUGUACAAAUACUUUGAUAAGAAGAAUAAUACAGCAAUCUUUAGAAUAGGACAGAGCAUUUUUUAAUAUUUAAUAAAAUUUAUUUUUAAAUAUCAUGACAUGUUAAUCACACCCUUUAACACAUAGAUUAAAUCUGCAUUCUGUUGGAAAUGUGUUUUGGUAUGUCUGGGCCCCUGUUCUGCCUCUACUGCUGACACCAUUCCCUAUAGCACAUCCACUUCGACUCUUGUGGUUUGCUGGAACAAGAUUCAUCCACACUUUGCAUUGAAGCAGACUCAGUCUUUGUACUCUUAGGGCCAGACUGAAACAGUGCACUAAGACACAUUAUCUUGAGGUCAGCAACAAGUUGAUGUUUGCUAUAUGGCUAUCAUUUGGAGCAACACACAUUGUAUUUAGUCAGCAUGGAAUGUGAAGCUCACGUUUCCCAAGUAUCAUGUAGAGACGUGCUGAGUUUUGGCAAUUGAUUUAAUCCAUUAUUGCCUCAGUUUCUUCAGCCAUAAACAAGAAUAAUAUUACCUGUCUCUUUUACAGAUGACCUGUGAGGAUGUGUUUAUACCUCACAUCUUAUUAAGGCAAUCAAAUGAAGGAUGGAUUGUUGCCAAAAGCUCUCACUGUAUGCAAAGGGCCCUGAGGCCACUACGUUCAUGCAAAUCCGAACAACAGAACUAUCAGGUCAAAGUUUGUUGUUCAGAUCCGGGAAAAUACUUGUAAGAAGAUGCUAUAGUCCCCCUGAGUCAUCACAUAGUUUCACUCUUAAUUUUAUUUCACUAGCUGCCUCCUAAAUUGAAUUGAAACAUUCUCCCACUAGUAAUAUUUAAAGGUGUACAAAUACUGUACACAAGAGCACCUGUGACCAACUCAUUGCCCAGCAGUGAUAGAUCUGGUAAUAAUGUGCAUGCUAUUCUGGCUGUACUGCACUUUGGUAACACCUAGGGUUUAAUUGAAACACACCCUGACCUUGGUUUUGUUCAUGAAGCAUAGAAUGGACAUAAUUACUAUGAAUCUACUGAGGGAUAUUAUGGCAAAAUGUCAUAUUACUAAUUUUGGCUCCUCAUACCCUUUGGGGGAAAAAAAUAAUCACAGAUUUCAGUAAAAAACAAUGUAUUGCAGUUUCAUAGAAGUCCUAAAACAAGUAAUUUUCAAAAAAAUUAAGUUCUUAUAUUUCUCUGUACCUAUUUUUCUUUCAAAACACUAUCACAGUAGGAUAAUUGCAUUGCCCCUAACAGUUUCAUAUUCCUUCAUAAUUAAAUAAACAGCUUGUAAAUCGCAGACCACAAAGUGCCUGUGUUCCACUCUUACCUUAAGGGGUUUCCAUAGCUACCAAGGACAAGAAGUUUAACCAUCAUUUACCAGACUCGAGGCUAUUUGCAGCCUUAACUUUUUAACGCAUGAUUCUUUUUCUCUUUCUUGCUUUAUUUAUUAGCAGAAUGAGGGAGUAAUUUGGACUCAGUUAGCCACUACAAAUGCAAUGAUGCAAAAUGGACUCUGGUGCUUUAGUGUGUUAUUAGUUGGAUAUGUUUCCCCCAGAAGGUAUUUUGAAAUAAUACAUACUAACAAUACAGACUAUAGUUACCAAGGUUAUGAAAUAACUACCAAGCAUUUUUCCAACUCAGCAUCAAAUAAUUCAGAUCCUAAAAAAAAGGAAAACAGGAAAACACCUUUCUUGGCACAGUAUCAUACCAUAGAAGUAUUUAGACAAAUAUCUAUUUUAAUUCAUAUCCCAAAAAGCAUUGAUGCAGAUUUUACAUGGCUGCUUUACUAUAAUUUCCUUUAAUCUCUGUUUUGCAUACUAAAAAAUGCAUUUGGAAAAACUGCAUUUGUUAAGGGACAAACUUGAUUUUUUAUGCCUCUGAAAUGGACAAUUCUCCAAUUUGCUAAUAUGAAAAUAACCUUCAAAUAUUUUAAAAUAACUUCAGAUUUUACCAGAGCAUCUGUGUUGCCAAAGUGUAGAAAAGUAUAGAAAACUGCUACUGAUCCACAACUGUAUUAAGUGCUCAUCAAACUAAAAUAUUUAUGUCUUCUAGUUUAUGUUAUCUGCUGAGGUUAAGAGCUCAGGAAGGCUCAAAGCAUGAUGUGUAUGGGUAACAAGAAUAUUUAGCAUUAGCACAUUCAAUAGAUGAGCAAAUAUUGUAAUUUAGGAAAUUAUGUUUUGUACUUUAAAAACUAGAUUCCAACUUUCUUAAUGGCAACUUUCUUACUCUAAUUGCCUUUUUUGUUGUUAUUGUUUCUCUUCAUUGUACUGACUACAUCUGUAUAUUCUUAGACUGGUGUUCUGACCCAACAUUUCCCACAUCUGUUUUUAUAGUCUGUGAGUAGGGAGAAAAUUCCGGAAGGAACGAGGGCUAACAUCUUGGAUUCCAUCAGCCUUGCACAUUUUUGCCUUUCCAUCUUUUGAAAGACACAAAUUUUAAUGUUUCAUACACUUAAAUUGCAGAUUUUUGCCUACCACUUUGAAAUGCUGUAUUAUGUUGUUGAAAAGUAUGUUAAUUUAUAUAAUUUAAUUUUUUCAUGUAUAAAAAUUGAAAUAUUCUACCAGACCAAAACUAGUUUGUUUGAGUUGAGGUAUCACUGUGUUAUGUCUAAGAAGAUGUUGUUAAAUCACUGCUAGUCUACUAAAAACAAAGAAAUACUAAUGUUUCAAAAAAUGACCCAGUGUGACAGGAUUGAAAAUUGCACUGAAAAUUGUUUUGGAGCAGUGCUUUAGAACAGCAUAAAACUUUUUAUUAAAGGUUGGUUUUAUACUAAUUUUGUUGUGGUUCAUAGGUGCCUUCCUAAUGUGGAUCUGUGAUUUUACUUUGAUAAUAAAUGAAAAAAGAAUUUAAAAAGCAUAGUUAUAGAAAUAGUGCAGUUUAUUUGUUCCUCACUGAGGUGUUUGUGGCAUAAGAUAGAGAAAUUCUGAAGGUUCUCGUAUGACUUCCCCUUAUAUCAUGGUUGGCACAUGAGAUGUAGUGGCAUGCAUCUGUAAUUCAGAGAAUUUUCUUAUAAGGCUAUUGUAAAAUUCCUACUGUCCAGAUAUCUGUUUCUCCCUAUAUAAAUAUCUCUCCAGAAAAAUAUAUAAGAUGAAAAAAAACAACAAAACUUCUGAGAAGCUGUUUUAUCAACUGAAUUAAUGAAGCAAAAUGGAACUUGAGUAACCCAGGGGAUCAGUGAUGAGGUAGAAAACCUUUUUACCUUUACAUAAUUGGUUUGAAUCAAGCCCAAGUCAAUAUAGAACAAAAGUUCCUAAUGUCUACAUGGGGUCUCAAGAAAAUGAACCUAAAUUAACUUUGAAAAGGGACUAACUAAACUACAUUACAUCCUUUUCUGAACAUUCUUAAUUGAAAUUACAGUGGCCUUGAUUCAAUUUAGCUUAAAUUAAAUUUGAAAUAAGAAUGUCCACACAAAGAUUUAAUGUAAUAUAAUUAACCCACUUAAAAGUUAAUUCCAAUAAAAAUUCUAGAACGUUUCUAGGUGCACUAGUACCAAGCUGUAUUGUUGUGGCUUUUAUGAAAGAAUUUAAGUUAGUUCAUCAUGAAUAAUUCAUAGGUUGCUCCUAUUCGUACCACUGUGAGUAGUCUGAACAGAUAAGUUAGGUCUGUUUUGUCCUCUUUGCCCUUUGAGUGACAUCCAGGAAAAGGACAAUAAAGAAGUCAAAUAAGUCCUCUUAAUAAAACUAAAUCUUCCUAAAGAAAUAUUCAUUACAAAUCAUCUGAUAUUUUCUAUGGUUUUCCUAUGAAAUUAGCAAAUAUUAUGAGUUAUACUGAGGAUAGAAACUGCAAAUGAUGCUUAAGAGUAAAAUAAUAUUUAUAAAUAGAGGGGAAAUAAGAGACUGAUACAGAUUCAAACACUGUAAAUUAUCUUAAUUUCCAGCUAAAAUGCAAAUAUUUUUUCUUGGACCAAUGUACACUCAAAUUCUCCUUUUUAAAAUAUUUAUUUCAUGUUCAUUUCUGUUACCUGAAGUUAAAGCGAAAGUUUUAAACCUUAGAAGAACAUGAGAGAGGAAACAUGAAAUCCUACUGGAAAAUGAGGCAUGUGAAAUAAAGCCGUUUUCUGUAUAACAAAAUGAAAGAAAAGAAAAAAAAGGCAGACUGGGUCAAACUCAUCCUUGAUUGAACUCCCCUGAAAUCAGUGGUGAUUUAGGAGGAUUGAAUGUGUCCAAUCACAUUUAAGUCUUUCAGGUAUGUGUCUUAGUGAUUCAGCUGAGUCUUGAAAGGCUUGCAGAAGAGAACUGGGAGGUAUCUGGGGUACAGCAAUACCCACUUUGCCUCCUACACUUACAUGCUUGAACGGGCCACAAAAAGUCCCAACUACGUCCCAGAGCAAAACAGUGAAAGAUGUAAAGAGGAGAAUAAUUUGCAUUGGGAGUGUUUUGAUUUGUCUGGUCUCACAAGUAAUCAGUUUGCAUUGCAGGACUGUCUAUCUAGCCCUCUUUGGCCUCGACCAUAUUUAACUAAAAAUAAAAUAAAAAGCAAAUAGAUAAAAACUGCUAGGCUUUAAAACAUCCCAGGUUUUAGACAUUAUUGCAAUGGCUCCCUUAACUGUUGUAGAGACAUUUAAAAUCCUAUAGCACUGAAAAGGGAAAAGUGAUUUUUAAGAAUGAAGGAAAAGAUACACAGCUAUAUAGUUGCAGUCAUGGGUUUUCAUUGUAAAACAAUCUGUUUAAAAAACCCCAAACACUUCAGACAGGAGUCAGUCCAUGAGGAAAAUGAAAAGUAAGAUUAGGAAGAGGAAGAUAUGAGAUCUACUGUAAACCAGUUCACUGAUUUUGCAUGAUGAUUAUUUCAAUGCUCUGUUUAGAACAUAAUAUGUCUUCCUUUGUUAGUGGCAAAGGCAUUCAGUGGAGAAAGAGAAGGGUGUCAUUGUACUGUAUAGGGGCAGGGAACAGCAUGCAAAGUGUUUGUACUGCUCUUGAACUGAAAGCUCUAGUCCUCGGGGGUUCAGCCAGGUGGAAAGGUAUUUCAGGACAGAAAAGCGGGGGAGGUGAGGUAGGCGGAAGGGUAUGGUGAGUGAAUCCCUAGCAGUGUGGUUCCAUCAGCCCAACUCUUUACAGCCACCUGGGGACACACAUGUGAGGCUGCAGGACCAUUUGCAGAGCAGAUGUUGGUAGAGGAUUUCUGACCCCAGUGGAGCUGCCUGCCCACAGUUCAGUCUCUGUUCUGGGACGAGGAUUAACCCUCAUGUGUUUCAGUAUUUUGUGAAGCUAAAGCGUAUCGUGUGCUUGUCGGUUUGUAUCUACGCUGAAAUUCCUUUGGCUUCCUCUGCUGACAUUGCUGCCAAAAGGGGAUCAGUCUCAGGCUCUGAGAGCAUUCAGAGCUCCCGAAAAGAGAGUCAAAAGAGUCACUUCUGCAUAAGGUCUUCCUGGGAUUUGGACUUAUUUUUAUUGCUGUAUUCCAUGUUCUGUCCAUACAGAAACUAUUUUCAAUUCUCUGGUGCUGAUGCUACCAGAAGAGACAUCCCUGAAUAAUUAGCUGCUUGACACACCUAGCUCCUCUUCACAUGUUUGAAGUCUGCAGUUUAAUUUGCAACUGUAGAGUGGCUUGUUUUCUGAAUAAAAUGCAGAUAUCAUUGCAAAGGGUUUUUCUCUCAAAAAAGGUGUGAUGUACAGCAUACAUAACAAUGCUAUAUAAAGUGAAGGAAAAAUGCAUUUUCUGAAUGCAUUCACGUAUUUGUCAACUUGAAAGGGAUUUGAAUGCUCCUCAUCCUGAAAUUUUCUGGGACAUGGCUGAGGGAGAGUUUUGAUUACUUAACUGUGCUUCAGUUGAGACUUAACUCUGAUGUACUUGUGAUGAUUUAAUUUUACUGAGAUAGUUUAAACACCUGAUAUCUGAUAAAUUUGUCUACAUAGUCAGUGACACCUAGCAUCACAUCUCAGGAUUUCAUGGCAGAUAUACAGCACAAACCAAAAUGUGCUAGAUCACACUGUAUCUUAAACCAUGUAUUGGGAUAAAGCCAUGGCCUUUGUGCUGCACAGCUCUGCUGCUGAGAUAGUUAUUCAUAGACCCACAGACUAGAUGGAAAGCUAAGUAUGAGUUGCCAAGAGCAACUAAACUGCCAGUGAUCCAGCUAAGGGUCACUGGAGCUUGGGGAAAUAUCUUUGCCACCUCAUUAGGCAGAUCUUUGGAAAUGGUGUAGAAGUUCUUUUUUUGUAAUCAAAGCCCACCAUUACAGGAAAAUCCUUCAGUGAUCAGAAUAAUCAUAAUCACUUUCUCCUGGUAAUAUAACAAAGGGAGAAGAAAGCACAUCAGUCUCAAGACCUAAUUACCAAAAAGAAAAAGGAAAGAAAAAUUAAUUUGGGAUACUAUUACAAUGCACAUAAGAAGACAUUUCUGGCAAAGUGGCAAAGUUAGAUUUCAGCAGCAUAACUACCGCAUCCUUCAAGCUGCCCCUAAGGAAAGCUGCACUGUGCAUGUCUGUAGAGGUAGAUUAGCUCUGUCAUUCCUUGCUUCAUCUUCUGCAUUGGAUCUUAAGAGGGUAAUGCUUUUUGCUCAGAGGAAAAUGUGUAGUACAUCAAGACUAACAAAGUGUCAGAUAAGCAACAGAGAGGAGAACAUGCAUAUCAAAUGCCAAUUUCAGAAAGAUUAUUUUUUUUUCCUGUGGAAAUAGAAACCAAACCAAACAACUCUCCAUAUAUGUCUAGGAAUGUCUCCAAGGCCAUAAAGAGAAUAUACAUUCCUGUAUUAAAAUAACAGAUGAUAAUUAGAAUAGUGCCACAGAUAGGCUUAAGGUCAUGUUUGGAAACACAUUUGAUAAUUGUACUGUGUCUGGGCAACUCACUGUGUAUUAAGGAAAUUCUUAGCAUUUUAAACUACAUUUUAAGUCUAUACAGCAGAGGGCACUAGUGUUGCUGUAUUGACCAUGAAGUUACUAUUUUGGUACCAGAAAAAUGAAAAAAAAAAAAAAAAUUACUUAGAAGACAAAGAGUUGUCAACAAAGACUAAAGCUGGUUGAUGGUCUAUGUUCCAUGUGUGGGUUUGUUAAGCUAAAUCUUCAUGUGUCUCUGGCAUAAUAGGUAUUGAAUAGCAAAUUACUCUAGUACAGAGUUCCAGAUGGAUCUUUACGUAAAGCCCAUUAAAAUAUUUCCAUAAUGUUCUUCAAGGGUUUAAAUUAAUUUUAGAAUGUGUUUUUGUGUUGGAUAAUUUUUUUCCAGGGUAUUUCCAAGGUAUUUAUGAUUUAAAAUUACCCUGAUGUGAAAUACCUGCACCAAGACUUCCUGAAUAUUUAAGUUCUGAGCUGUGGAAGACCACUAGUAUAAAAGAAAGGACCUUUUUAAUACAUUCCACUGCCACUGCAGUAUUAGCCUCAUGCAAAGCUCACUAGUUGGAAGGGAGGACUUGCAAGGCAUAUGCUUGCCUAGCAUAUUUUCUGCUGGUCAUAAUUGCUUUUUUGGAUCAUCAGCUGCCCUGUACUUCAGCAGAACCAAGUUCAAGACCAAGUGUGGUCUUAUGCUAAAAACUGCAUUUUGUUUCCUAUAUUGCCAACACAGAGGGAAAAAAGUUGAGUUGUGUAAAUAAAUCCAAUGUUAAAUCAAAUGGUGGCUACAAAAGCUAAGAUUUGCUCCCACUGCCUCCCUGAAUAUUGCAGAGGGGUGACAAUAUAGAUCUUCUGUACUUAUAUAUUAAAAAAGAUCCAGCUUAGACACAGAAAGAUCAAACAUACCAACAUAUAUGAAAACAUAUCUCGAACUUUGUAUCCCCAUCUCACAAAAUGGUGAUCCUGUCUUCUUCAGAGAAGCUAACAAUUAGUGAGUAACCAAGCUUGUAUUUGAAUUUGAAUCUUGCAGAAACCCGAUGGUGUCAGACUUCCCCGGAGGUCUUUGAUAGAUUGUAGUACUGAGGCACAUGUUUGAUUGAGACAUCACUAGCACAUGACUAGGGAAAUCAGUAAAUGUAAAAGCCAUGGGCAAUUUUUGCCUUCAGCAUACGGAAAGAGCUGUUUUAUGUGAAUGAUUCAUUGUUUGAGUCAAUAACCAAAGAUAGAAAGGAUAUAGGGAAUUUAUUUUAAGAACAUAAAACAAAAGCAUUUCUUUCAAAAAUGUUUUUGCAAUUGAGACAUGGAAACAUUUUGGUUUAGGUUGAGCAAUAUUUGCUAGUCAGUCUCAUAACUGAAUAAUUUAUAUGUUAUGAUGAAGUACUGUAUUCAAGUAAAAUGGUCUUAGCUUUUUUAAUUUUUUUUUUCUUUUUACACCCAAUGAGAGUAUGUGUAGUGAUGAAAAUGGAAGAUUUACUGGAUAAAAGACUAGGUAAAGGCAAUGGGGUAAUACCAUUAGGCUCAAGGAGUUAGAAUGGGAGGAAAGUGCCUCGGAGUGCUUGCAGCAUAGUUUGGGAUCAUCAGCUUCAUGGAGGUUAGCAAAGAGCAAUUGAAGGAACUUUACGCAUGAUCUGAUGUUGGGGGCUUGCUCUCUCAUGACCUUUCUUAUUUCUCUAUACUUUCUUGUUCUACAAGUGCUAUAGUUUUCCUGGUCCUUCAGGGUAUCCAGGAUACUGGAAUGAGAGCAGAAAGUAACAAAAAGAAAGGUAGAGAAACCAUAUGACAUCUUGUAGAGCUGGCCUUUAAUAGUGAACGGGUCUGAGAUAGAACACAGAAGAUUCCCAUGCCUCUACAAGCCGCAUGUGCUACCUAUGCCACACCAGUCUUAUACAACUGGCAUCUCUGAAGCUGACAUAACAUUGCACCAGUUCAAUGGUAAAAUAAUUGGUUUGAUGUGUUUCUGUGACUGUUUUAUUACCUGUUAAUGGAAUUCAUUAUUCAGUCCAAGUCCUUAGGGGAUAAGUUUUAGAAGAAUUUUAAAAAUGAGAAUAGAAAAAAAAAUUACUGAAAAAAACCCAAAUGGAAACAAACAAAGCCACCCCUCCCCCCCCAAAAAGACAAAAACACUAAUUCAAUCACAUUAACUAUCACAGAAAAUGGUUAAUUACUAUCCAACAGUAAAAUCCAUGGGUCACAAAUCUUAGCUAACAACCCUAAAAUUGAUAUUAGAUUCUAAUAUAAUUCUUUUGGACAGAAGGGGCAGAUUUUUCUUCAUAACAGUGUAAGAAGGAUGGGAACUAUGUGCUUUUCACCCUCUAUUUGUGGAUAGUUUUACUACAGCUGGAUUUUUGAUGUAACCGAACUUGAAUUUUAAUGAUUAAAGUGUUUCUCCAUAUGUUCUGUUCAGUACCUGUGAAGAGAUAAACGACCUGGUAAGCCUACAGUAAAAACAAAGGUGUGUACAGCAGCUGCCCCUCACCUAAUCUAGUACAUUGUCCCAAACCCAUGAAGCUGAUGCUCGGACGUACAGUUGUUGGCAGAGGGAAGGGAUAGAGAGAUGGGAGUGGUACCAUCUAACGCUGCAGCCACAGGGUUCUCCAGUGUCACAUGACAGUAGUGUAAGCUGCAGAGAGAGAAGCUGAAUGACUUGCUCAAGGUUGCAAAACACGUUAGUUUCAUGAAUCUUUCAUGACAAGAAUUACGUUUUAUAAAUAGCACAUGUAGAGCAUAUCAAACAAACAGAAAUGGCUCAGACUUCUCAGUUCCCUUCACUGGUUUUUAACCAUUAUAUUGGCUUUCUCUGAAGUAAAUUAUUAAAAGUGAGAUGAAAACACUUUCUAACUCUGAACCACUAUGACAAGUUUUAUAAAAAUGCAGAAAUUAAUUCUCAAAAACACAUUGUCCUAAUAUAUAAUUAGAAAAAAAAUUCUUUCAUUAAAUGAAUUGCUGUGAGAUGAAAGUUAAUAUAUUUUUCCUGGUGUGUUUUUUUUUUUUAAUUUUUGUUGCUUUGUUUUUUACACAAAAUGAAACUAUUUGGAUCUUGGAGUGGAAAACCAUUGCCUUAUGGUGUUUUGUUUUACUGAAUAUAUGUAUUAUCCAUCUGGAUACUCUAGGUUAUAAAUAUGCUUUAAGCUUACUGUAAUUUAUAAGACUUCACUUUUGGUUGAUUUAUAGGAAAUUUCAUUAAUCUCGACAACAGAGGGAUCUUGAACUGAGCAGCAGAUUGAAAAUGAACUGAGGGCUGGGGACUUUAAAAACUACCACAAAUGAAUCAGUACUUAAAAUGACUAUUCGAACUCCAGAAGGACCAACACCAAAUAAAUUAUGAAUGUUGAACAAGAUGACCUUACAUCCACAGCAGAUAAUGAUAGGUCCUAGGUUUAACAGGGCCCUAUUUGACCCCCUGCUUGUGGUGCUGUUGGCUCUUCAACUUCUUGUGGUGGCUGGUCUAGUGAGGGCUCAAACUUGCCCUUCUGUCUGCUCCUGCAGCAACCAGUUCAGUAAAGUGAUCUGUGUCCGGAAAAAUCUGAGAGACGUGCCAGACGGCAUCUCCACCAACACCCGGUUACUCAAUCUCCAUGAGAACCAGAUCCAAAUCAUUAAGGUUAAUAGCUUCAAGCAUCUGAGGCACCUAGAAAUCCUGCAGCUCAGCAGGAAUCACAUCAGAACAAUUGAAAUAGGGGCUUUCAAUGGUCUGGCCAAUCUCAAUACUUUGGAACUCUUUGACAAUCGUCUGACCACUAUCCCAAAUGGGGCUUUUGUAUACCUGUCAAAACUGAAGGAAUUGUGGUUGAGAAACAACCCCAUUGAGAGCAUCCCUUCUUACGCUUUUAACAGAAUCCCUUCUCUUCGGAGGCUGGAUUUGGGGGAAUUGAAAAGGCUUUCAUACAUCUCAGAAGGUGCCUUUGAAGGUCUGUCCAACUUGAGAUAUUUGAACCUUGCCAUGUGCAAUCUUCGAGAGAUUCCUAACCUUACGCCGCUUGUAAAAUUGGAUGAGUUAGAUCUUUCUGGGAAUCACCUGACUGCCAUCCGGCCAGGUUCUUUCCAAGGGUUGAUGCAUCUUCAGAAAUUGUGGAUGAUACAGUCCCAGAUUCAAGUGAUAGAAAGGAAUGCUUUUGAUAACCUUCAGUCACUUGUAGAGAUCAACCUGGCACACAACAAUCUAACGCUACUGCCUCAUGACCUGUUCACACCGCUUCGCCUUGAAAGGAUCCACUUGCAUCACAAUCCUUGGAACUGCAACUGUGAUAUCCUUUGGCUCAGCUGGUGGAUUAAAGACAAGGCACCCUCCAAUACUGCAUGCUGUGCCCGUUGCCACACACCUCCCAGUUUAAAAGGAAGGUACAUUGGUGAGCUGGACCUGAAUUACUUCACAUGUUAUGCUCCAGUAAUAGUGGAGCCACCAGCAGACCUCAACGUCACAGAAGGCAUGGCUGCAGAGAUGAAAUGCCGGGCAUCAACCUCCUUGACCUCUGUAUCUUGGAUUACUCCAAAUGGAUCUGUUAUGACACAUGGGGCAUACAGAGUUCGGAUUGCUGUGCUCAGUGAUGGCACAUUAAAUUUUACAAAGGUUACUCUGCAAGACACGGGUUUGUAUACAUGCAUGGUGAGUAACUCUGUUGGGAAUACCACAGCUUCUGCCACACUGAAUGUGACCGCCCUGGAUAACCCUGGUUACACAUACUUUUCAACUGUCACGGUAGAGACUGUGGAACCUUCUCAGGAUGAGGCACAGACCACAGAGCAGGUUGGGCCCACGCCAGUUACCAACUGGGAAACCACUAACAUGACAACCUCACUCACUCCACAGAGCACAAGAUCUACAGAAAAAACUUUCACCAUUCCUGUGACGGACGCAAACAAUGGGAUCCCGGGAAUAGAUGAGGUUAUGAAGACUACCAAAAUCAUAAUUGGUUGUUUUGUGGCUAUCACUCUCAUGGCUGCUGUGAUGCUGGUAAUUUUCUACAAAAUGAGGAAGCAGCAUCACCGGCAGAACCAUCAUGCUCCAACACGGACUGUAGAGAUCAUUAAUGUGGAUGAUGAGCUUACAGGUGACACACCCAUAGAGAGUCAUUUGCCCAUGCCAGCAAUAGAGCAUGAGCACCUAAAUCACUAUAACUCUUAUAAAUCUCCUUUCAACCACACAACAACAGUUAACACAAUAAAUUCAAUACACAGUUCAGUGCAUGAACCGUUAUUGAUCCGAAUGAACUCAAAAGACAAUGUACAAGAGACUCAAAUCUGAAACAUUUAUGACAUUAUGGGGGGCGGGGGGAUGGGAACAACGAAAGAUGGUUUAUAAAACAAAUUACACAAAUGACUGGGCUAAAUCUACUGUUUCAAAAGUGUCUUUACAAAGAAAAAGAAAUUUAUUUAUUAAAAAUUCUAUUGUGAUCUAAAGCAGACAAAAUUAUGUGUAUUCCUCAGAACCUGUUUUUGCUGCAGUUAUUUACCCUUCUCGUUCCCGUUUUCCUGCCCAACCUACCCUGACUCCCAUUUGCCAUAUUUUUCAUAGGAGAUCUUGAUUCCCCAAAAGAACUGAUCUAGGAAAUUUUGUAAGAAUUCUGUUACACUUUGGGAAUUUUUAUGGUGAAUUCUAGUGGUGAGAUUCAGUCUAUUUUGUCACUUUCGCUUUUUUUCUUUUGUUUUCUCAUGCCCUCUUUGAAAUUAUUCAUCAGAGAAUGGAAUAAUAAGAGUAACUCUGCAAGUGAAAAAAACACAAACAAGCAAACCUUUUUUUUUCCAUGUAAUGAUUUGCUCUGUAUUUAGUGAAAGCACCAUUCUGUGAAAAAAAUGGAAAAAACAGAAAAAAAAAAAACAACCAAAAAAUUAAUUUACUUGUGAAAACCUAUAAACCCCAUGAUCUUUUAAGCAAUUCUAGAACCAGAAUUUGUAGUUCAAACACUAAACUAAGGUUAUAAAUAAAAUAUUGGUUUUUUUCUGUACUUGGAUAUAGCUCAUUUUUAGUGUGACUUUAAACAUCAAGUUUGUUAAAAUUCUUAUGAUAAUCUGCCGUUAUGGUCCAAAAUACAAUCACUUUAAAGAGAAUAAUUAAACCAUUUUGGAUCAUUACUGAAGAACAGCAUAGUUUUCAUUUUAGUUUAUGUAAGCAGCAUACUGGCAAAACAAAGUUGUUUGAUUUCUAAUGCAGGAUUGAGAUAAUUCCAUCUAGUGGUGUUUGCAAUUACCUCUACUAUACCACAAGAUACAUUUCACAAUUCCAGAAAAGUUUUGCAAGGAGUUUCAGCUAUCACUGAAUUUAUUUGGCAAAGCUGAAAAUUUUGUUCUGUUUUUUAACUGUCAAGAAGAAAAUUCAUCUUUAUAUCCAAGCUAGUCAUUUCCAGUUCAGUUGUUCUGGGGCUCCUAGGCACAAAUAUGAAAAAAGUUUAGCUAUCUAUAAUACCAGUGCCAGGUAAUCAAAGGUGUGUCUCUAGGAGCAAAAUCAAAUCAAAAUGCUGUCAAUGGAGUAAGUCACAGGAAGAACUCUGAGGAUUUUGGUUUAAAAAAUAGAAAGAACAAGGACUAAUCAGAGGACCCUAUAAGUUACUAUCAUUUGCAUGACAAUUAGACUCCCCAUAGAAUAACCAGUUUACAUUAAUUUAAAAUCAGUUUACCAAUAGGAAAUGUACACCCUUUGGCUUUCUUUUUAUAUACAUUCUCUGGAUUUAGAUUAUUGGUAUAGGAAUGGUGUAUGCUGUGCAUGCUGAAAACUAAAAGGAAGACUUUGCAUUAGAAAACCCAACUUCAGGACACUGUGUUCUUCCAAGUAGAAGUUCUGCCAAAUUAAAGUACUUUAUGCAUUGGGAACGGAAUAGAAGCAUUUUAAGAUUAUUUAAAUUAGGAAAAAAGAAUCUUAUGUAUCAUCUCUGAAUGUCUUUUCACCUAUUUUCUCUCCUAACUACCCUUACUGAGAGUUUUUAGAGUCCUGUGCCAGGUAAAUAAUGUUCUUAUCACAAUCUCUUCAGGCCUUUCUAGUAUGUAAUAGCAUGCAGGAUGAAGACUCUACUGAAUGAUAUACUUCUAUUCUGUAAAUUUAAGAUGGAAUUCUGAUAGGUUGUGGGGCUAAACAUCUCUCAUUGGAUGCACAGUUGUCAAGGUUGCAAGUGAAUAUUGUAGUAUGAAGGCCUGAUUUAAAGAGGACAUAGUGUAGAUAGGUGACAAUGAAUCACACUCUGCAAGGAGUCUGAUAAGUAUAAUACAGGAUGAAACCCAAAGAUCUAUAAUAAUCUUCAAGAAACAUUUGGUAAGACAUUAUCCUUUGAUGUACAACAUGAAAAAUAAUAUCUACUCUAAGGGAAUUUUAAUAGAGGGCAAAGAUGGACCUGAAUGUAAAAUGUUACAGUUGUGAUUCCUAGCUCUGACUAUUUCUAUGAAGCGCAGCAGAGCAUUUCAUUGGUGAUUUCUUUUAAGCACUAGGAUAGAGUCCAUACAAAACCACUGCAUUUACACAUUCCUAUGUGUUCUUUGCCCAUCUGGCUAGUAACAUUGUGUCCAUGACCAAUACUUGUAUGAAAAUUCAAAAAAUUCUGUCCAGGAAGCCUAAAUCUGGACCAUCUGUGAUUAAUGGGUUUAUGAUAAAAGAUUAUAGCUACUCUCUAAGCAAUACUUGUGAAAGCAGUUAUGGUCAACAUGGUUUUAUAAACAGGAAGUUUUUGAUUAACUCCUAAAGGUUAAUAGUAAAGGCCUAUAAGAAAAAGGCCUAUAAGAACAAAAGGUACAACCAUUGUCAAGUAGGAAACUGGAUCAUUGACAACCUUUGAUCCUCUUUGGUGUAAUACAAAAUAAUAUCAGUGACUGUUUUAAAUUUUAUAUACAUUAAUCCAGUUUUAUCAGCUAAUCAAAAAAAAUCAGAUGUUCCUGGUUGCUCAUAAUAAGCAUAAAGGAAAAACAUUUGUGUGUAUUUGGUUGGGUAAGUAUAUACGUGUUAUUAUGUCAACCAUUUUCCCACCCUCUUCUCUAUCCUUCUCGGAAUCACAGAUAUUAUUUCUGACUUCUUCUUACUUCUAUAAAACACCCAUUAUUUUUGCAGAUUAAUUAAAUACCAGAGAUAAAGAAGAUCACAGUUUAAAUGCUGAACUGAGCUCUGCAAUAAAGUGAGAGGAGUGCUGUUCUCUGUUGUUUUGAUUCUCAAAUCGUAUGCCAAUGCAUCUGGUUGGUGCUUCAGAGAUGACAAUGUUAAGAAUCAAGCCUGUAUCGCCUGUAUGACAGAGCAUAACUGAUAGAAAGCUCUAAUGAAAUUUCUCUUGCAGGUGACUGCAUUGUGCGUGAUGCAAAAAAAUCAUGGAGAAAAAAGUUGUGAUCUUGAUUAGGAUCUAUCACUUCUAGUAGGCUCAUGAGAAAGGACAAAUUAUUCUUCAGUUCACCUGAUGGAGUUUGAAGACUUUUGUCUGCUGUCCUGUACCAAUAGAAACUGCAAACCAUUUUCUUUCUGGAAUUUUCAUCGAGUCUUACAAAUCUUGCCAAAUGCAGAGAUUACACGUGAAAAGCGAAGUGAGUUCCAUUCAAUUCACCAUAGAAAAUGGGCAUUUUAUUCCUUCAGAGGGCUAAAUCUGUGAAAAUUAUUACAGUAAUUGUAUUUUUUUGCUAAAUACUCUAACAUAUUAAAAAUUAUAUGUAAUCAUUCAAAGA